CCGACGGAAACAUGCACAAGAAGAAGGCGCCCCCGGGACCUCCGGGACGCGGCGCGGCUGCAGCCAGACAGCUGGGCCUUCUGGUGGACUUCUCCCCUGAUGGAAUGAUGAUUCCUGAAGAUAGUGACAAUGAUGCUGACCUUGAGGCAGAGUUCAUGGCUUUGGUAGGGGCCCAGCCACCUCAGGAGCUCAAAAGCAAAGCUCCUUUGCCUAUGGAGACCAUUGAAAAAAUGGCUUCCCUGUGUAUGAAGGACCUGGAUGAAGGAGAGGGGGAAGAAGAAGAUGAUGAUGUGGAAGAUGAUGAUGAACUGCUGGCAGAGCUCAAUGAAGUACUUGGGGAAAGGGAGGAAACUCAAGAUACCCAGAGUCUCCCCAUGGCCAAGUCACCCAAUCUUCUACAACCUAAGAUCAGCCCUAGCAGUGCUGAUAUGGAAGCCACCCUGGCUGAAAGACUAACCAUGUACCAGACUGCCAUCAUCAAUGCCAAGCAUGCUGGGGACAGUUCCAAGGUCCGUCGAUAUGAGCGAGGUGUCAAGACAUUAGAGAACCUGCUGGUUUCAGUUAAGAAGGGGCGGAACAUCAAUGAGGAGGACAUCCCACCUCCUGUAGCUGUGGGGAAGAGCCCAGUACCUACACCAGAGGUUUUACCUAUGCAGAGCAUUAUACCCACCCAGCCCUCUCAACAUCAGUUGCCAGUUGCUCCUCCCAAAACACUGCCUGUGCCUCCAAACCAUGGCUCUGGGGUGACUGAGAAGCCAGCCCCUGUAGCCUCAUCUGUGAGCUCUGGUCCUGGCAGCUCUGGGUCCCUGCUCCUAUUACAGGAGCGGCAGCGAGAGUACAAAAGGGCUGCAUUGCGCUCCAAACAGGAGGGAGACUCAGAAGCAGCUGCUAAGUAUUACCGUGUAGCCAAGAGCUUUGAUGCUGUUCUGGAUGCAAUGGCUAGGGGUGAGGCUGUGGACCUGUCCCGUUUACCUCCACCACCUGACCAGAUGCCCAAGAACUUGCCUUCCCCAGGGCUUCAGCCUCCAGCUUCCACUCCUGGUACUGGCACUAUCUCCCCUUCCAUGCCAGAAAUGCCCCCACCUCCACGGACCCUGCUGGAGGCUUUGGAACAGAGAAUGGAGCGUUAUCGGGUGGCUGCAGGGCAGGCCAAGGACAAAGGUGAUGAUCGGAAGGCCCGGAUGCAUGAUCGAAUAGUCAAGCAAUAUCAGGAUGCCAUCCGGGCCCACAAGUUGGGCAGAUCUGUGGAUGUGGCUGAACUUCCUGUUCCCCCAGGUUUUCCCCCAAUCCAGGGCCUGGAGGCAGCCACAACCACACAGCAAAGCCUUGUAGGGGUUCUUGAGACUGCCAUGAGGCUGGCCAACCAGGAUGAGGAGGAAGAAGAGACAAAGAAGCCCAGCACCCACUCCCUUCCUUCUCCACAACCCAAACCCCAGGCCCCCCGGACCCCUGGGCCAGGAACUGGCCCACCUGGGAAAGUGGCUAUAAAAGGCUCCACCAAAGCCCAGCAACAACUGGCUUUCUUGGAAGGAAGGAAGAAACAGCUGUUGCAAGCAGCCCUUCGAGCCAAACAAAAGAAUGAUCUGGAAGGUGCAAAACUCUUUUUGCGCCAAGCUAAGGGACUGGAGCCCAUGCUAGAGGCUUCACUGAAUGGGCUACCUGUGGAUAUUACCAAGGUGCCACCAGCACCUGUCAACAAAGAAGAUUUCACACUGGCCCAUCGACCUGGCGCAGCCAUCUCUCUGGAGGAGGCUGGACAUUAUGCUGAGCUCACGAAGUUGAUGAGGCAGCAGCAUGAGAUGUGCCUGAAGUACUCCAACCAAUUCACCCACCUGGGAAAUGUUGUGGAAACUAGCAAGUUUGAGAAAAUGGCUGAAGACUGUAAGAAAAGCAUGGAGAUUCUGAAGCAAGCUCACAGCCGGGGUUUCCCUCUUCCCAAGUUCCACUAUGAACAGAGGACCUUCAGUGUGGUCAAGAUCUUCCCAGAACUCAACAGUAGUGACAUGGUUCUGUUCAUAGUGAAGGGCAUCAACCUUCCCACACCACCAGGGGUAUCCCCCAGUGACCUGGAUGCCUUCGUGCGAUUUGACUUCCCCUAUCCUAAUGCAGAAGAAGCUCAGAAGGACAAGACCAAUGUGAUAAAGAAUACAGACUCCCCUGAAUUCAAGGAGCAGUUCAAGCUUUUCAUCCAGCGGGGACACCGAGGCUUCAAGCGUGCCAUCCAAACCAAAGGGAUCAAAUUCGAAGUAGUCCACAAGGGGGGACUGUUCAAGCCAGACCGUGUCCUGGGCACUGCCCAGCUCAAGCUAGAGGCCUUGGAGUCAGCCUGUGAGAUCCGAGAAAUCCUUGAGAUCCUGGAUGGCCGUCGCCCCACAGGAGGGCGGCUUGAGGUGAUGGUCCGUCUGAGGGAGCCACUGACCUCCCAGCAGUUAGACACUGUCACCGAGAGAUGGCUGGUCAUCGACCCCCUGCCCCCAGUGGCUGCACCCAAAACAAAGGCCCCACCCAUCCAUGCUCCUGGACGGGACCAAGGAAGCAACAGACCAGGUUUCAGCCUAAAGAGCCUCAGUGUCAUGGCCUUUGACCGGGAACGGCUAGAGAGGAAGAUUAUGGCGUACAAGCAGGCACGGCAGGCAGUGCCUGGGAAGCUGGCCCAGCAAUACCAGGAACUUGUGCAGCACAGCCAGUGGCAGAGAGCACAGCUAGAACAGGGAGGCCCGGCCAUCCGGAGAGAGUACCACGCUCAGCUGGAACGAUACCUGCAGUACUAUACAGAGGCCGCCCGAAACCUGGGCAGUGACGGCAACAGGGAUGCAGCUAAGGAAGCUCUGUACAAACGGAACCUAGUGGAGAGAGAGCUGCAGCAGCUUCGGAGGUGAUGGUACGAUCAGGACUAGACCCGGGUCACUGGGCUUCCCCUAGUCCAGGGAGCAAAGGCAGCUGGACUCUGGGAGCAGGUGUAUGGGCCCAGAGUGCUAGGAAGGUGAUGGGAGAAAAGGGUGAACAGGAGAGCCCUAGGCUCCCUCUGUGCUCUCCAGCCUACCCUGAGGACCCUGCUGAAGACCAAAUCAUCCGACAAUCACUUGACAAUCAUUAGGAGGGAGGGGCCUGGCCAUACUCUGGGAGAGAGGAGGAGACUGGCACCUGGUUCAGGAUGGAGCUUUGUCUCUCUCUCUCUCUCUCUCCCUCCCCUUAUCCUGGUGGAAUUGGAAUUGUGGAAACAGGAAAGUUUAAGUUCCAUGAAGGCACGUGCAUCCACAAUGCCAGGCAGCACCCCCCCCCCCCGAAAGACAGGCUCCUGAGCCCACACAGGCAGUGGCUUGUGCUUUGGGCAUCAUUUCCCCUUUCCCAGGCUUCCACUGUCCCCUCCACAGAAUGCAGUUUGCACAGUUGGGCAGGCUUCUGUCCCCUGGCCUACCCAAGGAGGUGGGAAGGCAUCAAGGAAAGGGUGAGGCCCUGGGGACUGUGUUCUGGCUGGAUCCCACCCCUUCCCUACCAUUUUCCCAAGCACUUUAUUUUCUCAUCCGCUAGUCUGGGGCUUCUAGGAAACCUAGAGAUCCCAGCCUCAGAAGCCUUAACUGGCCAGCACCCACCCCAAAGAACGCCCCUGCCUGGGCCUGAGGCCUGUGGGCUAGGCUCUCCCCAGACCAAUCUCCCUAAUCCUCAGCCUGCCUUGCCAGCUGCAGGAGAUGAAGACACAUGGGCCUCCCAGUUAGGUAGACUUCCAUUGCCUCUGGGGGAGGACCAUGACCUCUCACCACCCCAGCUUGUCUGUUGCUGUGAUGCCCCUGGCAGGAAGAAGAGGGGGUUUGGGUUGCAGGGGAGCAGGCACACACAAUAAACAGCAAGGGUUGCACACA